CGCGGCCGGUGCUGCACCGAGUCGUACCACACCGGGGCGGGGGGAGGGGGGGAAGCGACGCCUGUGCCGGGGCCCGGACGGCUCUCAAGGGGUUAAACCGAGACCUGCCGCGGGACCUGCCCAGCCAGCCCGGCAACUCGGCGGCGCACAGCAGGCGGGCUGCGGCUGGCUCCCGCUCGCUUCACCGGCACGGAGGGGCCGCUCCGCUCCGCGCAGGCACCAGUGAGGCUGCGGCCGUGAGUGCUCAUCUCUUCCCCUUCUCCACGGUUCCUGCCUGCCGCCGGCAGGGUCCCGGCGCCGCACAGCCAUGACAACCUCGGCGCUGCGCCGGCAGGUGAAAAAUAUCGUGCACAACUACUCAGAGGCAGAGAUCAAGGUGCGGGAGGCCACCUCAAAUGAUCCCUGGGGACCCCCUAGCUCCCUGAUGUCAGAGAUUGCUGACCUCACCUUCAACACGGUGGCCUUCGCUGAGGUCAUGGGCAUGAUCUGGCGGCGGCUGAACGACAGCGGCAAGAACUGGCGACACGUCUACAAAGCCCUCACCCUCCUGGACUACCUCAUCAAAACCGGCUCCGAGAAGGUGACUCACCAGUGCCGGGAGAACCUCUACACCAUCCAGACGCUGAAGGACUUCCAGUACGUGGACCGUGACGGCAAGGAUCAGGGCAUCAACGUCCGCGAGAAGGUGAAGCAGGUGAUGGCGCUGCUGAAGGACGAGGAGCGGCUGAAGCAGGAGCGAGCGCACGCGCUGCAGACCAAGGAGCGCAUGGCCCUGGAGGGCAUGGGCAGUGGCAGCCACCAGCCCUACGGCCGCCGCGCUUCGCCCUACGCAGAUGACUACGGCCGGGCACGGGGCUCACCCUCCUCCUUUAACUCAUCAUCCUCAUCCCCACGGUUCACCUCUGACCUGGAGCAAGCAAGGCCCCAGACGACAGGUGAGGAGGAGCUGCAGCUUCAACUUGCCCUGGCCAUGAGUCGGGAGGAGGCAGAGAAGGAGGUGAGGACUUGGCAAGGGGAGAACUCCGUGAUGCAGAAGCCCAUGGAGGAGACUUCGCAGGGCAGGGAGGAAGAGGAAGAUAAGAUGAAGAAAAGCCAGUCAUCUAUCUUGGAACUAGCAGAUAUCUUUGGGCCAGCAGCAGCUCCCUCCAGCCACACGUCUUCUGACCCAUGGGAUAUGUCAGACAUGAAAGCCAAAGCAGAGCCAGCAGCCUCUGCCUGGGCUGGUGCAGCUGACCCUUGGGUACCCGUCCCGGCUGCCAGUGGAGAGCCCCUCUCCCAGGCGAGUGCUUCGUCCCAGCAACCCUCCACUGGACCCUGGGAUUUCCCUCCUGGCAACACUGCAGCCUCUGACCCUUGGGGGAAGGUGCCCUUGUCUUCUGGCUUCCCUCCUGCAGACCCCUGGGUGGCGGCAUCCCCCCCUGCCCAGGCCUCUGGUUCUACACCAGCUGUUGACCCUUGGGCCGCUGUGGCUGAGCAACCUCCUAACCCUGCUCCAGGGGCAGAUACUUUUGACCCAUUUGCAAAGCCACCUGAACUGCUGGAGCAGGAGCCCUCACAGCUGCCCUCCUCAGCCAAAUCAAACAGCCCUGUUGAGCCGGACCCAUUCAGCGACCUGUUCCCCGGCACGAGGCAGGAUGAGACAAAGAGCUUUGAUCUCACCAACCUGGCUGACUCCUUGCCUGAAGCUGGCAAGGAGCGGAAGGACUGUAAAACCCCCGAGGCCUUCCUCGGUCCUGCUGCUUCCUCCCUGGUCAACCUGGACUCCCUGGUCGCCCCUACACCAGCAUCCAAGACGCGCAACCCCUUUCUCUCAGGUCUGAGCACGCCAUCCCCAACCAACCCCUUCGGCCUCACUGAGCAGCCCAAGCCGACGCUCAACCAGAUGCGGACCAGCUCACCAGUGCCCAGCCUGCCUGCUGGCCACCCUGCCAACUCCAUGACCUACAGCACCUCCCUUCCACUACCCCUCAGCAGUGUCCCAGCUGCGGCCACAGCCCUCCCUGUCUCUGCCAGCGCCUUCCCCCAAGCUGGCACCUUCCCUGAACUUCCCAGCAGCUUGCCGCAGCCUUUACUGCCGCUGAGCGGGUCCCCAGCCCCGCCAUCUGCUCCGGGGGGACUCAACCCUUUCCUCUGAAUCCUCUGGACGUGUAGACUGGCCCCUUCCCCAGCUGUUACACAUUUCCCCUGGCCUUUCUUCCCACCGAGACUGAGGGGUGCCAGUGGUUCACUAGCUGCAAUGAAGGGUGUCCUCUGUGCCAGCCCCCUCUCUGUGCACCUUGGCUGGGGGCACCAGCAUGAGCCCAUGUGUUUGACCAGCAAGAGGGGACCCCCUUCCCCUGCAAAUGGCUGCAUAGGGGCCACGGCAGGGCCCAUCGUAAGGGCUGUGAUUUAGGGAGCUCUGGUGCAGUGGGCUGGGCUGGUGCAUGGGGUCUCGCUGCCGGAUGGGUCCCCCGGGGUGGGGGGCUUUGUCCCGGCGCUGGGAGGAGCUGGGGGGCAGCGCUAGGGCCGAGGGCAGCUGGCGUUCCAGCCUCCCCGGCGUUCCCGGCUGAUUCGCGUUUCCUCUUGGCU